AACACUUCUUCAACAACAUCUAGUCAGCCACCUCGGUAGCCAACAGCCGAAACAUUUAGACUGUUUCUGUGCAUAUUUGCCUCUGUUUUUUAAAUAUACUUCUGACAUCUAGUUAAUUUCCCCCAUUUAAAUGUUAUAGGUACAUUGUUAGUCAACUAGCUGGCUUGAUAAGUUAGCCUAGCACUAAACUAGUCGCUCAUGCUAACUAGCUAGCUAGCUAACAUCCCCGAACAUGAGCUCCCUAAACUACUCCCCUCCUGUUAAAGAAGAGGAGGUCUGCUGGACGGAGAAAGAAGCUCUGGGGCUGAACAUUGUCGUGAAAGAGGAGAAGGAAGAGGAGGAUGUCACAGUAAAACAAGAAGUAGAGGGUGAGGCUGUUACCGUGAAAGAAGAAGAGAAAGACGUUUCAGUGAAAGAAGAAGAUGCGUUCAGAGUGAAAGAGGAGGAGGAUGUUACAGUAAAAGAAGAGGAAGAGGUGAAAGAGGAGGAUGUAGUUUUUGAAGUGAAGGAGGGGAAACAGGGAGAGAGAACUGUCAUAUUGACAGAGGAGUCAGGAGAUCUGAUUACCACCAGAGAGGGACCAGACUCUCACUCUGACAGCAGGGAGACUCCUUUAGGGGAACCAGACCCAGAGACGCCCAAACCAGCGAGACAACACCACUGUUCCCAGUGUGGAAAGCGUUUUAAGUGGUUAAGGAACCUGAAAGUACAUGAGAGAACGCAUACAGGAGAAAACCCUUACGAAUGCUCCCACUGUGGAAAGAGUUUUACCAAGUUAGGGAACCUAAAAGAGCAUGAGAGGACACACACAAGAGAAAAGAGUUUCCAAUGUUCCCAGUGUGGAAAGAGGUUUACCCAGUUACGGUACCUGAAACAACAUGAAGAAAUACACACAGAAGAUAGGAAGACCUACCACUGCUCUCAGUGUGGAAAGAUAUUUACUGGGUUAGGGAACCUGAAAAUACAUAUGAGAAGACACUCUGGAGAGAAGCCGUACCACUGUUCCCACUGUGUAAAGAGUUUUACUCAGUUAGGGAGCCUGAAACCACAUGAGAGGGGACACACUGGAGAGAAGCCUUAUCACUGUUCCCACUGUGGAAGGAAUUUUAGGUGGUAUGCGAGCCUGAAGGAGCAUGAGAGAAUACACACAGGAGAAAAGCCUUACCACUGUUCCAAUUGUGAAAAUAGUUUUACCCAUCGAGGGAGCCUGAAAGCGCAUGAGAGAAUACACUCAGGAGAAAAGCCUUACAAAUGUCCCCGAUGUGAAAAGAGUUUUACCCGACAAGUAGAAGGUGAGGCUGUUACCGUGAAAGAAGAAGAGAAAGACGCUUUCAGAGUGAAAGACGAGGAGGAAGAUGCCGUUUUGGAGUGGAGGAUGAAGUGA